CAGCACCACUGCUGGCAUCUUACAGCAUUAGGAGCCGAGGGGAAAGGCAGUCACAGAGCUAGCGAGCAACCGAGAGGGUGACAGGUCCAUCAAACUGCAACCAGAAAAGAACACCAAUAGAUCGGCGCUUAAUAAAUACCCGCAGCAUACAGGUAUGGAGAGCUUGCUGGACAACCCUAUGAAAGCGGUCCUUUACCUCAAAGAGCUCACCACCAUUGUGCAAAACCAACAGAGUCUGAUACAAACGCAAAGGCAGCGGAUAGACGAGUUGGAAAGGAAGGUGGAGGAGCUGAUCGGCGAGAACCGGAAUCUUAAAGACAAACCCCAACCCCAAACCCAUCACUACCACCACCACCCUUCCCAGCGCAGCACCAGCCCGCAGCCGCCAGCCCACCUGCAUCAGUACCCGGCGAGCAAAGCCACUGCCACCGUUGCUGCCUCGACCCGCCUUACAGCGCAGCUUCAACCGCCGCAGCAGCACCAGCAGCCGCUGAUCCCUCCUCAGCAGUCCCAAACUCCGGAGCAUCCUCUGCCGGAAACGCAGCCACAGCAGCAACUGCAACUGGUCCCCGCUUCUCCUCCGACCCCCCUGUCCCCGCAGUCACCACAGCCGAGCCGAGCGAGCCCCGAGCCGGCGGAGGCGGAGAAGAAUACCCCGUGCUGCAAGUCUUUGGUCCCACAGAAGCCCGCAGCGAUCUGCCGGGCAGUUGUACUCGGGAGGAAGCCAAAAAACGAGACGGUCUUGCACCAGUUCUGCUGCCCGGCCGCUGACGCUGACCAGAAAGCAGAUUCUUCCAACUGUUCCACAAGCGACUCCAUGCCGGCGAGCUGUGCCCCGGGGGAGGCCGGGGAGACUGCGGGCGGAGGAGGGCAGGAGGAGGAUGAGGAGGAGGCAGGCACCAUGCCCAGCGGAGUGGAGGGGGGAGUGGGCUGUCGGGGGGGUGUGAAAGCCAGCCUCCAUCACACCGCCUCGCCCAUGAGGGUGCAGAGGAACAAGGGGGCCAGCGCCUGCUCACACUCCUCCACGUCCGACUAUGAGCUCUCGCUCGACCUCAAAAACAAACAGAUCGAAAUGCUAGAGCACAAGUACGGGGGCCACCUGAUCUCGCGCCGGGCGGCCUGCACCAUCCAGACAGCCUUCCGGCAGUACCAGCUGAGCAAGAACUUCGAGAAGAUCCGCAACUCGCUGCUGGAGAGCCGCCUGCCACACCGCAUCUCCCUGCGCAAGCUGCGGGUGCACAACACGGAGGGCUUCUCCACCGAGAAGGCCCUGGUGGAGGGCUACAACUUCAUGGGCAUCCCCCUGGUGCGCUCGCCCUCCCUCCCGACCACCAUCAGUGGGGCUCUGACCGAGCUUGAGGACUCCUUCACUGAGCAGGUGCAGUCCCUAGCCAAGUCCAUCGAUGACGCCCUCAGCACCUGGAGCCUGAAGACCAUGUGCUCCCUCCAGGACGUCGGCACCUACCAGUUCACAGAGACCUUCCGCACAGCUGCGUCGGGCCUGGGGGCCGGCUCGGUGGAGGCAGGGGAGUCGGGGGGGCAGGAAAGCUCAGUGGAGGAGGCCCGGCCGGACGCCCUGCCCCACAGCGGGAGCACCUUGAUGAUGGCUUUCAGGGAUGUCACAGUCCAAAUCGACAAUCAGAACUUCUGCAUGUCCUCCUCACUCAUGGAGUCCACCUCCCUCUCCCUGAGCAACUGCCUCCAGCAGGGCGGCCUGGAGGCAAAGGACGCUGUGGAGCGGGAGCCUGAACUCAAAGAGGGUCCCCAAGACCUCGGGGAGGACCUGAACGAGUUCCCCGCCCCACCGCCCAGCGAGGAGGAGGAGGUGGAGCCACUGCUGGCCCUGCAGAAGGUGGAGAGUGCAGAGCCAGUGGUGGAGGUGAAGACGGCCGAGUCGGAGAUGGCUGACAACAGCUCGGAGCAGACGAGCAGCAGCAGCACCUCCACCUCGGCCAAGUCUGCCUCCGAGGCGUCGUCCAAGGAGGCCCUGCAGGCCAUGAUCCUCAGCCUGCCCCGCUACCACUGCGAGAACCCGGCCAGCUGCAAGUCCCCCACCCUCUCCACCGAUGUGAUGAGGAAGCGGCUGUACAGGAUCGGGCUCAACCUCUUCAACGUAAACCCGGACAAAGGGAUCCAGUUCCUGAUCUCGCGGGGCUUCAUCCCGGACACACCCAUCGGAGUGGCGCACUUCCUGCUGCAACGGAAGGGGCUGAGCCGGCAGAUGAUUGGAGAAUUCCUGGGGAACAGCAAGAAGCAGUUCAACCGGGACGUGCUGGACUGUGUGGUGGAUGAGAUGGAUUUCUAUGGGAUGGAGCUUGACGAAGCUCUCAGGAAGUUCCAGGCGCACAUUCGUGUUCAAGGGGAGGCCCAGAAGGUGGAGCGGCUCAUCGAGGCUUUCAGCCAGCGCUACUGUAUAUGUAACCCGGACGUGGUCCAGCAGUUCCACAACCCCGACACCAUCUUCAUCCUGGCCUUCGCCAUCAUCCUGCUCAACACCGACAUGUACAGCCCCAACAUCAAGCCAGACCGCAAAAUGAUGCUGGAGGACUUCAUUCGCAACCUGCGCGGAGUGGACGAUGGAGCGGAUAUUCCACGGGAGAUGGUGGUCGGGAUCUACGAGCGCAUCCAGCAGAGAGAACUGCGCUCCAAUGAGGAUCACGUGACCUAUGUGACAAAAGUGGAGCAGUCCAUCCUGGGGAUGAAAACCGUGCUGUCUGUCCCCCACAGGAGGCUGGUGUGCUGCAGUCGUCUCUUCGAGGUCAUCGACGUCAACAAGGCCCAGAAACAGGCAGCGCACCAGAGAGAGGUGUUCCUCUUCAAUGAUCUGAUGGUGAUCCUCAAAUUGUGCCCAAAGAAGAAGAGCUCAGCCACCUACACAUUCUGCAAGGCUGUGGGGCUCCAGGGGAUGCAGUUCCACCUGUUUGAGAACGAGUAUUACCCCCAUGGCAUCACGCUCGUGUCUCCCUACUCCGGCUCAGAUAAGAAGCAGGUUCUGCAUUUCUGUGCCCAGAGUGCCGAGGAGCUGCUGAAGUUUGUGGAGGACCUGAAAGAGUCCAUCGGAGAAGUGACAGAGAUGGAGCAGAUCCGUAUUGAAUGGGAGCUGGAGAAGCAACAGGGAACGAAGACAAAGAACAACGGCACACAGCUAGAGCUCCGGGGCAAGCAGCAGGGCUCCCCUCCAGGCAAGCAAGACCUCGAAAACAAGCCAGGGAACAACACAGUAGAGGUGUCAAUUCACAACAGGCUCCAAACGUACCAGCUCAGUGCAUCCCGGACUCAAGAGACUGGAGCCCCCCUGGGCCCCCUUCCUAACCAGAGGGGGGGUCUCCAGACAUGCCAGCCCAGAACAGACCUGCCCCUGGACACACUCAUCCAGUGCCAGCAGAUUUUCAAGGUCAUCGUCCUGGACAAGGGCAGCCACGACCACAUGGAGGCCAUCCUGAGCCACACUCCCACUCAUCAGCUGAUCCAAUCAAGCGCCUCCACCCCCAUGAGGUCGCCCGAGGGCAGGCUCCAGGGGACGCCCAUGAAGGUCACACAUCAGCCCCCCCUGCCCCCGCCACCGCCCCCCUACAACCACCCACACCAGUACUGCCCUCCCAACCCGCUCAUGGACCGGAGGCGCUACUCCAGCGGCUCACGCAGUUUAGUGUGAAGAAACAGCAGCGGCAGCGUUUUAUACAGAAUAUUCCGAUAUUAUUAUUAUUAUUAUUAUUAUUAUAUAGAAUAUACAUAUUUAAAAAGUGGAAGAAGUAGAAAAAAACAAGACUUCAUAUACUGAACACAAAAGUUUAAGAGUUCUGAUUUAUUCUGUGGUGUAUUUUGAAAUAUCCAGUAGUUUUAACAGAUUGUUAUGACGUUUGUCAGUUCACUACUAGAUGUUGUGUUGUUUUCAUUUUGGCAUCUCCAGCUACACCUUGUAUGAGAUUCAGUCUGAUGUACCAUUCACUUACUAACUAAAAACUGACUGACUAACCACAGUAACGAACGAACCAGAAAGGGUUUCAUAUCUCUUUAACACUUUGUUUAUCUUGUCAUUUUUUAUUGUGUGUCUGUGUGAUAGAUGCAAUUGUGUGUCUGUGCCAAAGCAAGGACAGUUGUGAACUCCUUUUGAACCCUUUGGAAUCUGGGGCAACGUUUGAAUUGAUUUGUGGGUGUUUGUUUCCACACCCCUGUGGUCUUGUUCUGAAACCUCCACUUGAUGAAUGGACAGAUCUGUUAAAUUGCACUAAAUCAGCCCUCAACACAAUCCUAGCAUUCUUUUAACCAGGCUGACGUUUUCAAACUCAUUGUCAGUUCAAGAUCCAGAGAGGCAACAGCCCAGCAACUCUCUUCAAUCUCAUUACCAGGAAACUGAAAAACAGGAAACCAAUGACCGAGGAAUGAUUUAAAAAGACUAGUGGCAUUGCAAGGGUUAACCCCGAUACCUCAGGAAUAAUGGAUCCUCUGUCUCUAAUGGUAUAUUUACUAUCCAGCAUCAAGGAUCAUCUAUCCCUGAUCCCUUUAAAACCACUGUACUUAAUGCAUGCUGUUGUGAAUGGGAACAGGCUUUGCAUAUUGAUGUUUUAUUACUGGUUGUUUUUGAGGGGUUAAAGGAGGGAUACCAAUGUUUCCAUCAGGCUUCUUAUCUCUAAUUAGCACAAGAACCCGACUUUCUUGUUCUGAAGAUCUCUUGGUUUUCUGGUUAUGUUAUUUGAAUCCAGAUUUGCAGAUGGAUAUAUAUGACAUUGCUGUUGCUUCCUGGUAGAUAACUACCACCUGUGGUGUAGGUUUGUAUCCCUGUGUCUUCAGAGAUCUUCAGCACAAAGAUUAGGAAACCAGUGCUGAUGUGAUCUGAUAAUAGCUAUGAACAUGGGUUGACAAUGGCUUGAAAAUGCUGGUAUGCUUGUGAGACAAUUUUUCUUUGUGUUUUUUUGAGAAUUUAAAAGAUUUUUCUUUUACUCAGAGCCCAAUAUUAAAUAAACUGGCAAUAACCAAGCGUUUAAUCCCAUCAGCCCUAAAUGCACGAGUCGCAGUUACUUAACAGUCAGUAGAUAUACAACAGGGGAGCUUGUGUGUAUCCACAGUCAGACUGCCAUUGCAAUGCUGUGCUCAUAUCUCCACAGUCAGACUGCCAUUGCAAUGCUGUGCUCAUAUCUCCACAGUCAGACUGCCAUUGCAAUGCUGUGCUCAUAUCUCCACAGUCAGACUGCCAUUGCAAUGCUGUGCUCAUAUCUCCACAGUCAGACUGCCAUUGCAAUGCUGUGCUCAUAUCUCCACUGAGAGACUGCCAUUGCACUGAUAUCUUGUCAUUUUAACACUUAUCCUGCCAUUUAAUACAAUUCAUAUUUCAUUAACAUGGAAUUCAAUUUGAGUAAAAGAGCAAAUACCUUUACAGUAUUAACUCCCCACACUUUGUUUCAGUUCUCUUACAAACUGAAACAUUCUGCUCAUCUAUCAGCAAUGCCCCCCCCCCCCAUUCCCACCCAAAUACUUAUUAACUACAUAUAUCAUCCAAUCUUUCGGCCACCCGGUUAAAAUAGUGUGAUGUUACAAGCUCCCUGCGCUUGGCUUUAUUUUAAGAUUCUAUUAUGUGUGAUCCACAGACCAGGUGUAGCAGUUUGAGUGCUGAAGGAAGGGGCCAACACGGUGCCUCUCAUUACUGGAAGGCGAUAGAGUUAUGUGCUCAGUUAUGUCAAAUUAAAUGCAUCCGAUUCACAGACUGUGUCCCUCAUGUAAAUACAGCAAUAUGUUAGGAUUUUCUCCCAAAUGUUUUGCAAUCGAUUUGACACCGAGUGAAAACAUGCUUGAUAGAUUAUUGAUCGUAAUGCAAUUCCACCCGGCAAAACUUCUGCUUUGUAAUUUCUGUAGAAGAUGAAGCGUGCAGUAUUGUCAAAUGACUUCCUUAUGUUGUGAUAAUUGGGUUGCUAUAUUUCAUACAUGCUUUUGCCUACGUUCGGUUUGUUUGUUGGAGUGUUAGCAUGGUUACGGAUUUUGAAAUUCACCUUGGACAUGCAUCACCUAACCCUGUAGAGAUAGCUACAGCACGACCCCUGUAGCUUGUAAAACACAGAGUAGCAGAGCUGUUGGAACAUGUCCUCUCUCAGCACAUAUGUUGAAGUUGGUUUCACUGUUCUGUCCCCCUUUUAACCCAUUUGCUUUUUGUACUCUUUGCAAUGUUGUUGAUUUUGUAAUGGUAUGUGCAGCCUGCUGAGGUGAUUAUGUAAAACAAAAGCAAGGCUGUGGCUUGUUGCACCUGGACCAGAGGACCAUGCUACACUUGCUCCAAUCUUCUGCAUUGAAUAAUAGGCUUCCUUAUUACAAAAACAUGGGCUGCCGCACUGACAGAACUCCUCACUCUGGAUUUCUGGGGCUGUCAAAGGCUGUCAUUAUGGUUUGCUACUUUUGAAUCAAAAUUGUUAAGCCCAUUGCAUUAUUGCUCCAUGUACAUUCAGACUCAAACCAGGCACAGGAGCAGCAUGUCACUGCAUCAGUAAAAAUGGCAAAUGGUCUUACAUUCAAUAAUCCCUAAUUAAAAUGCAUAGAUACCAUGGAAUAAUCCCUUUAAUAUAGUUAUGGCAGCCCCAUAAACUUUGAUUUCAUUCAGACCCCUGUCUCUUUGGAGAGGAGGAAUGCUACUACCCACCAUCAAUUCCAAGAAGCUGCAGCUUGACCCAUGGUUUGUAGCAUCCUUAGAAUCUGUGCUGUCAAAGGUUAUGUCUGUACAUCUGUUCCAUCAGUUAUUUACAGGACAGCCCCUGUCAACACCUUCAGCUCUUAAUUCAGUCCACAGUAGAUACAGCACUGUGUGUCUUUUGAUUGUAUAGCUGUUGCUCCUUGUUAGUGAAUGUGGACUCUGGCCCAGUGUGCUAUAUGUCAUGGAAACUGCAAUACUGUAGCAGAAUGAGGGUGAUUGCUCUUUUUACAGACUGUACAAGAGAGUGCUGCAUUCAACAGUUAAUCACAGUUAAUUUGGGAUGUCCUGGUUGAAUCUCCCUGUAUGGACCUAUUGGAAACAUCAUUAAUAUCUAUUUUAAAUAUAUUUUUGGAAAGUUUCCUUUGAGAAUUGGUGAACAGCAUGUUUUUUAAAAGUAUAUAUUUCUACUCAACUUCAAUAGAGAGAACCGCUAACUGAGGGGUCUUGAAGCCAGCCUCUCUAACUGAGGGGUAUUGGAGCCAGCCUCUAACUGAGGGUUCUUGAAUCCAGCCUCUAACCGAGGGGUCUUGGAGCCAGCCUCUAACUGAGGGUUCUUGAAUCCAGCCUCUAACCGAGGGGUCUUGGAGCCAGCCUCUCUAACUGAGGGGUCAUGGAGCCAGCCCCUAACUGAGGGGUCUUGGAGCCAGCCUCUAAUUAAGGGGUCUUGAAGCCAGCCUUUCUAACGGAGGGGUCAUGGAGCCAGCCUCUAACUGAGGGUUCUUGGAUCCAGCCUCUAACUGAGGGGUCUUGGAGCCAGCCUCUCUAACUGAGGGGUAUUGAAGCCAGCCUCUCUAACUGAGGGGUCUUGAAGCCAGCCUCUCUAACUGAGGGGUCUUGGAGCCAGCCUCUAACUGAGGGGUCUUGAAGCCAGCCUCUCUAACUGAGGGGUCAUGCAGGCAGCCUCUCUAACUGAGGGGUCAUGCAGGCAGCCUCUCUAACUGAGGGGUCAUGGAGCCAGCCUCUAACUGAGGGUUCUUGGAGCCAACCUCUCUAACUGAGGAGUCUUGGAGCCAGCCUCUAACUGAGGGGUCUUGAAGUCAGCCUCUAACUGAGGGGUCAUGGAGCCAGCCUCUAACUGAGGGGUCUUGAAGCCAGCCUCUAACUGAGGGGUCAUGGAGCCAGCCUCUCUAACUGAGGGGUCAUGGAGCCAGUCUCUCUAACUGAGGGGUCAUGCAGCUAGCCUCUCUAACUGAGGGGUCUUGGAGCCAGCAUCUCUAACUGAGGGGUCAUGCAGCCAGCCUCUCUAACUGAGGGGUCUUGGAGCCAGCCUCUCUAACUGAGGGGUCUUGCAGCUAGCCUCUCUAACUGAGGGGUCUUGGAGCCAGCCUCUAACUGAGGGGUCUUGAAGCCAGCCUCUAACUGAGGGGUCAUGGAGCCAGCCUCUCUAACUGAGGGGUCAUGGAGCUAGCCUCUCUCACUGAGGGGUCAUGGAGCCAGCCUCUCUAACUGAGGGGUCAUGGAGCCAGCCUCUCUAACUGAGGGUUCUUGGAUCUAGCCUCUAACUGAGGGGUCUUGGAGCCAGCCUCUAACUGAGGGGUCUUGAAGCCAGCCUCUAACUGAGGGGUCAUGGAGCCAGCCUCUAACUGAGGGGUCAUGGAGCUAGCCUCUCUAACUGAGGGGUCAUGGAGCCAGCCUCUCUAACUGAGGGGUCAUGGAGCCAGCCUCUCUAACUGAGGGGUCUUGGAGCCAGCCUCUCUAACUGAGGGGUCUUGGAGCCAGCCUCUAACUGAGGGGUCUUGCAGCCAGCCUCUCUAACUGAGGGGUCAUGGAGCCAGCCUCUAACUGAGGGUUCUUGAAGCCAGCCUCUCUAACUGAGGGGUCAUGGAUCCAGCCUCUGACCGAGGGGUCUUGGAGCCAGCCUCUCUAACUGAGGGGUCUUGGAGCCAGCCUUUCUAACUGAGGGGUCUUGGAGCCAGCCUCUCUAACUGAGGGGUCAUGGAGCCAGCCUCUCUAACUGAGGGGUCUUGGAGCCAGCCUUUCUAACUGAGGGGUCUUGGAGCCAGCCUCUCUAACUGAGGGGUCUUGGAGCCAGCCUCUCUAACUGAGGGGUCUUGGAGCCAGCCUCUCUAACUGAGGGGUCUUGAAGCCAGCCUCUAACAUGGAGGGCUUGUCUUCAGCCAUACACUUCCUGCAUGGAUCAAGGCAUCAGAGGUUCACCUUUGCCCAGCUACUCGACACUGCAAUGCUGUUUGAAACUCUGGGACAGCAGGUCACUUUACCUGCUGUUCCUAACAACCAGCACCGAGGACUCAAGCUGGGCUCCAUGAGAGGAGAAAAGCUUUAUUAUUAUAGAAGUUGCACACUAGAGGCUUAUUGAAGAGGUGUGAGUGUGCCAAUGAAACUAUAAAUAUAUACAGAAAAGAGAAAAUCUGUAUUUUGUUAUGAAAAUAUUCUAAUAUCAUUGUAUCUAUAAAACAUAGUAUUCUUUAUAUAUCUAUAUAUCAGUAUAGAUUAGAUAUAGAUAUAUACAAAGAUAGUUGUAUUUAUUAAUGGACAUGCAAUACUCUUCGGAUCAUUCUUUGUUUUUGUUUUUGGCUCUUCAGAGCAGCAGGUGUCCUGAGCUCAGAGGUGAGUAAGAGCAAAUGUCAGUCAGGCUGUCUUUGCUGGACUGUUACUAAGAGGAGGCAGCAUGUUGUAUCAAUGUGGAUAAACAUUUCAAAGUUGCUGAAAAGUAAAAAGGGGGGCAUUGGGAAAGCGAUUGUGGUUUAAAAAAAAGAAACAUGCUUUAAUGUGGCUUCUACAGACAGAUCUGCAGGAACCACUGUUGAAAAAUAGCCUUUGAAAACGAGGGAUGUUUGAUAGAUCUUUAUUUAUGUACAGUAUUUAUUUGUUCAAAAAUUAUUGGGGCUGGGAAAAAUCACUGUCUUCAAAAGGCUGAUUUAUGAAAUAUUUUCUGAUGGGUAUUUUGUAAAAGGAAUCCUAAUAAACAGGUGGCCUGUAGCCUGAUUGAUUUCUAGCCCUUGUGUACAUGAGGAGGCUUCAGGAGCUGCAAGGUGCCAGGAUAGAGGAUACUAACGGCUCUGGAGAGACCACUGCUGCUGCUGUGCUGGUUGAUGUUCAAACAGUGCGUGCAUUCCUCAUCUCGAUUCCCUCUCUGAUCACAGAGAGAGCCCCUUCUGUUCCCCUGCACACCUUGUCCAGAGUGUACUGCACCAGGGGUAGCCACAAUGCUGUAGUAGCCACGUUGUUUAGACUGUGAAUCUGUUAGCCACAAAUUACUGAAACACACUUCUUAUUGUACAGUGAGACUAUGUUUAAUCUUUUCUUUUUUUCCCUCUGAAUGUUAUGUUGUGCUGGAAACGUUUCACACAGUCUAAGAAUCAAUAAUAAAUGACUUUUUUUCCAGUGUA